CCCAUAAUAGCUACCUUUGACUCAAAGAGAGGGUUACAGAAGCCCAACUGCUUGCAAGACUAGAGUAUACUCUAUUGUGUUUACUGUGUUCACUGAAGUGCUUUGAGAGAUGCUAAGAAUUGAGACCAGGCAAAGAUUGUUGUUCUGCUAAUCAAGUGACUGCAAGCUAUUCAACUGCACAGCUACAGCAACAAUGGAAUACUGUACCACUAGAUGUUAUCAUGCACCUCUGCAUAACAAAUACCUAAGAACUAAGGCUAGGUCCAAAUGGAGUGUUAUUUUGAUUGUUCUCUGUCUGUGUGUGUCGAAUAUUCAAGCAGUGAUGUUGACCAGUCCCGUUAGUUGUACGUAUGCAGACUCCACCUGCCAGUCUUGUCCCGAUGUGUGUACUAGCAAUCAGUUUGAGUCAUUGCUACCUCAGCAAUGCAACCCAUCAGCAAUGAUGCUAAUGUUUUCCAGUGAAUCUCACCCCAACAGAGAAACUCCCUCCAUCUCAUUCCGUGGUCAGAGCUACUCCGUCCCCAGUGAUUCUUACCCCUCAUCCCAAGAGCUCGGUGACGGCUACACUAUAACUCUGUUCUAUAAAGAAUUGUCCCAAUCAGGGACGUUGUUUGAAGUUGUACUUGGAGAAAGCUCAAUUAUCCUUGGCUAUGAUAACAGUGGGGAUCUACUUUUCAAUGGUAUGAUAGUUUUGAUGAAUGGAGAAUCAAGUGAUGUGUGGAAGGCCGUUCACAUCACAUUCAAGCCAGCUACCAAUGCUACAGUUCAUAUAGACACUGAAGCAACUAUACUAACCUCUGUUGGUUUCCCGAGCAGCACGUCUGUGGACUCUGUUACAGUUGGAAACAACUUCACUGGUUUGAUUCAAGAUUUCCGUAUAUAUACUCCGCCACUGGCCAUGGAUGGAGACCAAAUCAUUGUACCAAGAGAUGAACCAUUUUUACCGCAAUGCCUUUGCCCCUCUGGCUCAGAGAUCUCAUUGAUGGACACUUGUGUAAACGAGACUAACACAACUGACACAAUUGACAGGUUCCAACUCUCAGCUGCAGUGUCGGAUUUCCUGGCUGACGAUUCCGAUGAUACAAUUUGGUCGUCCGACCCGGGAGCUACCCCUGUCAUGACAACACUUGGUUUUACCAACCCCACCCCCCUCUCCAAAAUGUUCAUUUCCUUCACCUCAGAACUCCCCACUCGUGCCACACUGGAGUUCUUUCAGACUAGCAGUAAUGCGUGGAUAUCAUUGCAGCACUUUGCUCUCAACUGCUCGAGUGCCUUUGGGAUAUCACCCAAUCAACCACUCUCAACACCUUAUGACAUCACCUGCUUACAGUACAGCCCAGGGGCACAGCAACUGGAGUUCUAUCUUACUGGCACUGAUGACAAUUCUCGGCCUCUACCGGGUGAUUCCGAUAUUCCCUUAGAGACAUACUAUCGUGCAAGUCAAGUACGACUGACAAUGACCGAUUUCCAAGAGAGAGCUAUUAUGUUUAGUAUCCAAGAUUUUCGAGUGUGUGAACAGUUUUGUCUUGACUUAAGAGCUGACUGUGAUGAACCUUGUACUGAGCCAAUAACCACAGCCCGGUCGGCAAGACAUACGCCAGAUGAUGGUUCUGGUUUUGGGAUUACUCCCCUCUUCAGUGAGAUUCAAGUUGCAACGUCCUCCAUUGAAAGCUUGAUUAUUACAUCAUCAGUUUCAACUUCCACCGUACGGAUCACUCCUACUGCUACUAGCUCCGUACUGCUAGAAAAUGUAUCCUCAACACAAGCUGCUAUCUCAACGACAAUGGUAGCUGGAAAUACAUCAUCCACAAUGCUGUUGACAUCAUCUACUGAGAGUAUUUUAAUCACCCCCUCUGCUACAAGUUUAACUUCUACAUUUUUAUCGGCAACUCCAACUGGUACUAGCUCUGUACUGCUAGAAAAUGUAUCCUCAACACAAGCUGCUAUCUCAACGACAAUGGUAGCUGGAAAUACAUCAUCCACAAUGCUGUUGACGUCAUCUAUUGAGAGUAUUUUAAUCACCCCCUCUGCUACAAGUUUAACUUCUAACAUUUUAUCGGCAACUCCAACUGCUACUAGCUCUGUACUGCUAGAAAAUGUAUCCUCAACACAAGCUGCUAUCUCAACGACAAUGGUAGCUGGAAAUACAUCAUCCACAAUGCUGUUGACGUCAUCUAUUGAGAGUAUUUUAAUCACCCCCUCUGCUACAAGUUUAACUUCUACAUUUUUAUUGGCAACUCCAACUGCUACUAGCUCUGUACUGCUAGAAAAUGUAUCCUCAACACAAGCAGCCAUCUCAAGGACAAUGGUCGCUGGAAAUUCAUCCACAAUGCUGUUGACGUCAUCUACUGAGAGUAUUUUAAUCACCUCCUCUGCUACAAGUUUAACUUCUACAUUUUUAGCGGCAACUCCAAUUGCUACUAGCUCUGUACUGCUAGAAAAUGUAUCCUCAACACAAGCAGCUAUCUCAAGGACAAUGGUCACUGGAAAUAUAUCAUCAACAAUGCUGUUGACGUCAUCUAUUGAGAGUAUUUUAAUCACCCCCUCUGCUACAAGUUUAACUUCUACAUUUUUAUCGGUAACUCCAAUUGCUACUAGCUCUGUACUACUAGAAAAUGUAUCCUCAACACAAGCAGCUAUCUCAACGACAAUGGUAGCUGGAAAUACAUCAUCCACAAUGCUGUUGACGUCAUCUAUUGAGAGUAUACUAAUCACCCCCUCUGCUACAAGUUUAACUUCUACAUUUUUAUCGGCAACUCCAACUGGUACUAGCUCUGUACUGCUAGAAAAUGUAUCCUCAACACAAGCUGCUAUCUCAACGACAAUGGUAGCUGGAAAUACAUCAUCCACAAUGCUGUUGACGUCAUCUAUUGAGAGUAUUUUAAUCACCCCCUCCGCUACAAGUUUAACUUCUAGCAUUUUAUUGGCAACUCCAACUGGUACUAGCUCUGUACUGCUAGAAAAUGUAUCCUCAACACAAGCAGCUAUCUCAACGACAAUGGUAGCUGGAAAUACAUCAUCCACAAUGCUGUUGACGUCAUCUAUUGAGAGUAUUUUAAUCACCUCCUCUGCUACAAGUUUAACUUCUAACAUUUUAUCGGCAACUCCAACUGCUACUAGCUCUGUACUGCUAGAAAAUGUAUCCUCAACACAAGCUGCUAUCUCAACGACAAUGGUAGCUGGAAAUACAUCAUCCACAAUGCUGUUGACGUCAUCUAUUGAGAGUAUUUUAAUCACCCCCUCUGCUACAAGUUUAACUUCUAACAUUUUAUCGGCAACUCCAACUGCUACUAGCUCUGUACUGCUAGAAAAUGUAUCCUCAACACAAGCUGCUAUCUCAACGACAAUGGUAGCUGGAAAUACAUCAUCCACAAUGCUGUUGACGUCAUCUAUUGAGAGUAUAUUAAUCACCCCCUCUGCUACAAGUUUAACUUCUAACAUUUUAUCGCCAACUCCAAUUGCUACUAGCUCUGUACUGCUGGAAAAUGUAUCCUCAACACAAGCUGCUAUCUCAAGGACAAUGGUCGCUGGAAAUACAUCAUCAACAAUGCUGUUGACGUCAUCUAUUGAGAGUAUUUUAAUCACCCCCUCUGCUACAAGUUUAACUUCUAACAUUUUAUCGGUAACUCCAAUUGCUACUAGCUCUGUACUACUAGAAAAUGUAUCCUCAACACAAGCUGCUAUCUCAACGACAAUGGUAGCUGGAAAUUCAUCCACAAUGCUGUUGACGUCAUCUAUUGAGAGUAUAUUAAUCACUCCCUCUGCUACAAGUUUAACUUCUACAUUAUUAUUGGCAACUCCAACUGCUACUAGCUCUGUACUGCUAGAAAAUGUAUCCUCAACUCAAGCAGCCAUCUCAAGGACAAUGGUCGCUGAAAAUUCAUCCACAAUGCUGUUGACGUCAUCUAUUGAGAGUAUAUUAAUCACUCCCUCUGCUACAAGUUUAACUUCUAACAUUUUAUCAGUAACUCCAACUGCUACUAGCUCUGUACUGCUAGAAAAUGUAUCCUCAACACAAGCUGCUAUCUCAAGGACAAUGGUCGCUGGAAAUUCAUCCACAAUGCUGUUGACGUCAUCUAUUGAGAGUAUAUUAAUCACCCCCUCUGCUAUAAGUUUAACUUCCACAUUUUUAUCGGCAACUCCAAUUGCUACUAGCUCUGUACUGCUAGAAAAUUUAUCCUCAACACAAGCAGCUAUUUCAAGGACAAUGGUAGCUGGAAAUACAUCAUCCACAAUGCUGUUGACAUCAUCUACUGAGAGUAUUUUAAUCACCCCCUCUGCUACAAGUUUAACUUCCACAUUUUUAUCGGCAACUCCAAUUGCUACUAGCUCUGUACUGAUAGUAAAUGUAUCCUCAACACAAGCUGCUAUCUCAACGACAAUGGUAGCUGGAAAUUCAUCCACAAUGCUGUUGACGUCAUCUAUUGAGAGUAUUUUAAUCACCCCCUCUGCUACAAGUUUAACUUCCACAUUUUUAUCGGUAACUCCAAUUGCUACUAGCUCUGUACUGCUAGAAAAUGUAUCCUCAACACAAGCAGCUAUCUCAAGGACAAUGGUCGCUGGAAAUUCAUCCACAAUGCUGUUGACGUCAUCUAUUGAGAGUAUUUUAAUCAUCCCCUCUGCUACAAGUUUAACUUCCACAUUUUUAUCGGCAACUCCAAUUGCUACUAGCUCUGUACUGCUAGAAAAUGUAUCCUCAACACAAGCAGCUAUCUCAAGGACAAUGGUCGCUGGAAAUUCAUCCACAAUGCUGUUGACGUCAUCUAUUGAGAGUAUUUUAAUCAUCCCCUCUGCUACAAGUUUAACUUCCACAUUUUUAUCGGCAACUCCAAUUGCUACUAGCUCUGUACUGCUAGAAAAUGUAUCCUCAACACAAGCAGCUAUUUCAAGGACAAUGGUCGCUGGAAAUUCAUCCACAAUGCUGUUGACGUCAUCUAUUGAGAGUAUUUUAAUCACCCCCUCUGCUACAAGUUUAACUUCCACAUUUUUAUCGGCAACUCCAAUUGCUACUAGCUCUGUACUGCUAAAAAAUGUAUCCUCAACACAAGCAGCUAUCUCAAGGACAAUGGUCGCUGGAAAUUCAUCCACAAUGCUGUUGACGUCAUCUAUUGAGAGUAUAUUAAUCACCCCCUCUGCUACAAGUUUAACUUCUACAUUUUUAUCGGCAACUCCAACCCCUACGCCAGAUGAAGGUUCUGGUUUUGAGAUUAGUCCUAUUUUUAGUGAGACUCCCGUUGCAACAUCUUCCAUUGAAAGCUUGAUUAUCACACCAUCAAUGGUUUCAACUUCCACCGUACGGAUCACUCCAAUUGCUACUAGCUCUGUACUGAUAGUAAAUGUAUCCUCAACACAAGAUGCUAUCUCAAGGACAGUGGUAGCUGGAAAUACAUCAUCCACAAUGCUGUUGACGUCAUCUAUUGAGAGUAUAUUAAUCACCCCCUCUGCUACAAGUUUAACUUCUGCAAUUUUAUCGGCAACUCCAAUUGCUACUAGCUCUGUACUGCUAGUAAAUGUAUCCUCAACACAAGCUGCUAUCUCAAGGACAGUGGUAGCUGGAAAUACAUCAUCCACAAUGCUGUUGACGUCAUCUAUUGAGAGUAUAUUAAUCACCCCCUCUGCUACAAGUUUAACUUCUGCAAUUUUAUCGGCAACUCCAAUUGCUACUAGCUCUGUACUGCUAGUAAAUGUAUCCUCAACACAAGCUGCUAUCUCAAGGACAGUGGUAGCUGGAAAUACAUCAUCCACAAUGCUGUUGACGUCAUCUAUUGAGAGUAUAUUAAUCACCCCCUCUGCUACAAGUUUAACUUCUGCAAUUUUAUCGGCAACUCCAAUUGCUACUAGCUCUGUACUGCUAGAAAAUGUAUCCUCAACACAAGCUGCUAUCUCAAGGACAAUGGUCGCUGGAAAUACAUCAUCCACAAUGCUGUUGACGUCAUCUAUUGAGAAUAUAUUAAUCACUCCCUCUGCUACAAGUUUAACUGCAACAUUUUUAUCGGCAACUCCAACCCCUACGCCAGAUGAAGGUUCUGGUUCUGGAAUUAGUCCUAUCUUCAGCGAGACUCCAGUUGCAACAUCCUCCAUUGAAAGCUUGAUUAUUACACCAUCAGUUUCAACUUCCACCGUACGGAUCACUCCAACUGCUACUAGCUCUGUACUGCUAGAAAAUGUAUCCUCAACACAAGCUGCUAUCUCAACGACAAUGGUUGCUGGAAAUACAUCAUCCACAAUGCUGUUGACGUCAUCUACUGAGAGUAUACUAAUCACCCCCUCUGCUACAAGUUUAACUUCUGCAAUUUUAUCGGCAACUCCAAUUGCUACUAGCUCUGUACUGCUAGUAAAUGUAUCCUCAACACAAGCUGCUAUCUCAAGGACAGUGGUAGCUGGAAAUACAUCAUCCACAAUGCUGUUGACGUCAUCUAUUGAGAGUAUACUAAUCACCCCCUCUGCUACAAGUUUAACUUCUGCAAUUUUAUCGGCAACUCCAACUGCUACUAGCUCUGUACUGCUAGAAAAUGUAUCCUCAACACAAGUUGCUAUCUCAGGGACAAUGGUCGCUGGAAAUACAUCAUCCACAAUGCUAUUGACAUCAUCUAUUGAGAGUAUAAUCACCCCCUCUGCUACAAGUUUAACUUCAACCAUUUUAUCGGCAACUCCAACCCCUACGCCAGAUGAUAUGUUUGGUUCUGGUUCUGGGAUGAGUCCUGUCCUCAGUGAGACUCCAGUCAUAAGUUCAGUCGCUAGCUCUGUUUCCUUAUCAGUGACUCCGUCCCCCUCUGCUUUCGCCAGUUCAACAGCAGCAGCCACUAAUACUACUGCUCUGACACCCACGCCCACGCCCACACCCAAUGCAACAGUAGUGAGGAGCAUUACACUUAUCAAUACCACUAUGUUACUGACCUCCACACAACUCAAUGCAUCAUCAGUAAUCAUCUCCAUGACACCUUCUUUGACAGGCAAUGCAACCUCCAUUCAAAUGAAUGUGACGAGCAAUAUAAUUCCAACUUCAACCAUCCAACCAUCCACCAGUGUCGUUGCAACACCCACUCCAAGCCCCUCCCCCUGUCCCUAUCCUCCUAUGAACUACUCGAGACUGGACCCAGUUGCCCCCAUCACUGUGGACGUGGGAGUGGCGGGAUUUAUUGUUGAUCCCCUACAACCUGAGAGCAAGGAUGGACUCAAUUAUUCUGUAUCGUACAAUAAUCUAGUGUCCUCGCUGGAGGGUGUGAGGGAAGUGAGAGCCUCGUUAGGGGGUGUGGUGGGUGUGGCUAGUCUCAGUGAGAGGCAACCAAUACUACCCAUGACCGUCAGUGAUUGUGCCGUCAGCAAUAACUUGAUUUGGCCUGAUGAACCUGUUAUACAGGUUGCUGCUCAAGCUAGGGACUCCGUGUUCAAUACCUUCACUGGUGUGGAGAUACUGUUUAGUGUGGAAUCAGCUGAUUCUAACUACAGCUGUUCCUCGUCUGAUGAAUCUGGUGUCUGCAAGACUAGGAUUGAUUUAUACAGCAUAUUUACAGAAGAGAUGCAAACAGCCACUCUUAAUGUAUAUGUUAGUGGACAGAGUGUACCUAGCUGUUCUGUCACUUUACAGCUAAUGCCUUGGCUGGAGCAAGUGUUGACUAGUAAUGUGUUUAUGGUACUCCCUCAGCGACCAAUCAGAACAGUGGAACAAGUCAGUAUUCCAGUCUACGCUACAUUCAACACUCGAGUCUUAACCUUCAGCGUGGACUGCACUGUUAAAGGUGCUCUGUUUAAAGAUACUAUCUCACCAUUCAUUUGGAGUAGGGUGGCCAGUUUCUUUGAUGAGAACAACCAAACAAGACUGUCCAUUACCGGCUUAAGAAUCUACGACAAUGGGAAUGCUAGCUCAACAAACUUUGCACAGGAAGAGUUGUUCUCUCUCAGGAUAAUGAAUCCUACUAGUGAUGUACAAGUCAGCUGUGAGGUACUACGGUUGGAACUAACCAAUCAAACGGACCUUGCUCCACAGUUCCGAUUCAUUAAUGCCGUCAAUGGAAGCAAUAUUGUCGAUAAGGUUGGACAGCUGACUCUGCGUACAAGACCUGCAAUGAUGCAGCUGUUUGCAUACACCACCGAGAAUGAGGUAGUCAAUAUUGCCACCCUCACUUCAGACACUCACUACUUCCCAAUAACAAUGCUGAAAUUCACUGAAAACGGUGAAUUUAAUAGCAUCUCAAUUGAUAGCUGUUCAAGCAACUCGGAAAUUGUUCAUGUGACAAAUUGUUCGCACUUUUUCUUUAAUGGCUCUGAGACAGGGGGUGCUCCACAGACAGACAUCAUCCUGAAUGCUGACAAUGCAAAUGUGAGUCUGCCACUCAAAGUAUGGCAAGCGUCUCGUGAGAUCACUAUCACCGCUCAAGAUGAGGUGCUGAAUGUAAUAGAAACUUGUUCAGUGUGCAGUGGAACCAGUUACCAACGGACACAGCUGGCAAUAAGGACAAACAUUAGUGCAGGGGUUGUUGAGACUACCUCCAUCAGCGUAACGUCUUUAUUGGCCUCCCGGCUUGAAGUAGAUCCAGAAGACACGGUAAUAGCUACUAUCUCAACUACUGGUUUAGUGCAAGGAUUACAACCGGGUAAUGCCAACAUCUCUGUUCCAUCAUUGUCAGGAUCUGUUACUAUCUUUGUGUCCAAUGUUUCGGUUGUACCAACCUUUCUGGACGUGUUCGCCUUUAGUGGUAUAGCAGUUACAAGAACCAACGAUGAAUUGUCCGUGAUAUUAGAGCAAAAUUUCCAGUAUGUGAACUCGAGACUGUAUCUCUCUGCUGUGGUACAGUUCAGUGAUAACCACACCCUCCUGCUCACUGAAGAGGACGGUGUUGAUUGGUGGAUCAUGCUCCCGCAAGAAAAUGUCAGCGCUAGUAAUUAUACAUUCCCACAACCAGUUGACAGCUUUGAUAUACUCUCAGUGUGGGCUAGUGGAGGAACCAACUGUACUAGUUAUAGUCUGACACUCAAUGAUAACAAAACGUUCUCCCCGUUCAGCGAAAUGCCUUCUCUGGUUGUCACUAUCUCCUCAUCAUCUUUAACCUCAUUGGACGAUAUCUCUAUUGUCCUCGGUGUGCCCACGUCCGCUACUAUUACAGCCCGUCUGAUCUACGCUGAUAAUGUCAGUGUUGAUGUCACUAGUGAGGCUACCACAUCUGUAGGGCCACAGCUGAUGAAGCAGGAUAACAACAUAAUACUGGUGAACGGCAGUGGCUUUGGUGAUACAGCAGCUGUAAUUGUAUACUAUACCCUUGGUAGUGAAGUGCUGAAUAAAACGUUGAUUAUCAAAAUUGUGUCUACAAACUUUUUCCUGAGGGCCUAUCCGAGAUACGGUCCAUCCGACAUAAGCGUAACGGAGAUUCGCAGUAUAGGAGACAGUGAUGUAUAUCAGAGUGUGAUAGUGCGUGCAUAUCUUCGCUUUCUUAAUAACAACACUGAUCAUGUGAUCACUGACCAUGUACGAGUCACAGCAACAGCUGGUCAACUGGUGGAUAAUGUUCUGAGUAAUUUGACCAAUGAGGUCUCAGCUGUGAGCUUGAACGGCUAUGCUAUUAACGAUUCAAUUAUAUCUGACAAUUUAACACUGCAAAUUGGUUCAAUGCCUCUCGAGGUGCAAGAAAUUGAUGAUAUAUUCAUGUCAGCUGGACUGCAAGACAAUGACUAUUAUCUCGACUGCUCUGUUGUGCUUGAUGACGGCACGCUGCUACCACACACCUUCGAGAAUGGUAGGCCUCUCUAUGACAAUCUUAUCCAAUUCUCCAUUGAUGAUGACUCUACGGUUGAGCUAACACGCCCGGGAACCAUUAGACUGUUAAGAAACUCCUACUUCACUGUGACUGCAAAUGCUGGAACUGUAAGCAAUUCCACAACAUUCGCUAGUAAUCUGAAGCCAGAGGUGAAUGGCUUUGAUGUGGGCAGCACUACUGGACCCCCCAUACCAACACUAGAACCUGGGGUUAUACUUAAACUACCACUGCGAUUCAAUGCUCCUAAUAAUCGAUUGGGGGUGUACGGACUUGAGCUGCAUUAUGAGUGUACUACUUCUAACAACUCCCCUCUGAAAUUGAUGGGUGGUGAACAAGGAAGCAACUGGCGAAAUGGUUCCUUGUCAUUUGUGCCCCAGGGCGAUAAGACGGUGCAGUUUGGAGGAGUGCUGAACAGUGGAGCCCAAGGUCUAACAGAGCUAGCAGUACUAACAUUUGAGGUGAUGGAUGUGCCAGGAAUGGUUAAUCUGUCUGUGAACGUCUCCUACUUGUCUGAGGCAAAUGUGUCCCUGACGGAUAUUUCACUCAGCCAAUCGUUUGCAGCCAGUCAAGUGCAGUUCAGGAUAACAGGAGGUGGGAACAGACGUAGACGUAGUGCAAAGGUCAGCUCCGCCCUAUCUACAAGAGAUAGACGAUCAGUCGGAGCAGGUUCAAAGUUUGAUCUAAACGACGAUGGAUGUGUUGACCUGAGGGAUCAGUACUUGCUGCUCGAGUACCUCGCUGCAGAAGUGUACAAAUUCUCAACGCCACUUGGACAAAUGAUCAGGAACACCACUGGGGACUUGGGAGAUGUUGAUGUUUCAGAUUUCAAUACUAUCGAGAAAACAGCUCUGGACUUCAGCUUCAAUGCAAACUUAACAAUCAUACCCUUCUUUCGUCCACCUUCAGUGAAUACGAGUCAUCUGUGUGAGCUUGUGAUUGAGGGUAGUGUGACUCGUGUGGGAAGUGGAGAGGUGCCGCUGGAUGGUACAGUGAGACUGGCUCUCGUGUUCAAGUCAACUGACAGCAGAUUCCAGUCUGAGUUUGAUGACUUCAUUGGAAGUUCUGAGACUGAGGACUACGGUGGAUUAGAGGUGAUUGAUGUUCUGGAACCAAGUGGUGAGAGCGGUACUGCUGCAUUCAGCAAAUAUAUUCCAGGGAAUUUCACCACAAGCUUCAACUUGUCCCUCAUUUUGGUGGUGGAGAUCGGGGUAGAGAUUGGUAGCUUCACACUGUCAACUGUUGCUAGCAUUAAUGCUGAGGUGGUUGUUACAAUACCAUUCACUGAUGUCAAUGAGUCUUGUUCUGCUCCAAUGACUACACCAUCACCAAGCGUGACUCCAUCACCAAGCAUAACUCCAUCCCCAAGCGUGACUCCAUCCCCAAGCGUGACUCCAUCACCAAGCGUAACUCCAUCACCAAGUGCAACAAUAUCGUCAAGCAUGUCGCCAUCCCUUAGUGUGCCAGCAUCGACCAGUGCAACUGUAUCGUCAAGCAUGUCGCCAUCUCCUAGUGUACCAGCAUCGACCAGUGCAACUGUAUCUUCAAGCAUGUUGCCAUCCCUUAGCGUGCCAGCAUCGACCAGUGCAACUGUAUCGUCAAGCAUGUCGCCAUCUCCUAGUGUACCAGCAUCGACCAGUGCAACUGUAUCUUCAAGCAUGUCGCCAUCUCCUAGUGUACCAGCAUCGACCAGUGCAACAGUAUCUUCAAGCAUGUCGCCAUCUCCUAGUGUACCAGCAUCGACCAGUGCAGCUGUAUCUUCAAGCAUGUCGCCAUCUCCUAGUGUACCAGCAUCGACCAGUGCAACUGUAUCUUCAAGCAUGUCGCCAUCCCUUAGUGUGCCAGCAUCGACCAGUGCAACUGUAUCUUCAAGCAUGUCGCCAUCCCUUAGUGUGCCAGCAUCGACCAGUGCAACUGUAUCUUCAAGCAUGUCGCCAUCCCUUAGUGUGCCAGCAUCGACCAGUGCAACUGUAUCUUCAAGCAUGUCGCCAUCCCUUAGUGUGCCAGCAUCGACCAGUGCAACUGUAUCUUCAAGCAUGUCGCCAUCUCCUAGUGUACCAGCAUCGACCAGUGCAACUGUAUCGUCAAGCAUGUCGCCAUCCCUUAGUGUGCCAGCAUCGACCAGUGCAACUGUAUCUUCAAGCAUGUCGCCAUCUCCUAGUGUACCAGCAUCGACCAGUGCAACUGUAUCGUCAAGCAUGUCGCCAUCCCUUAGUGUGCCAGCAUCGACCAGUGCAACUGUAUCGUCAAGCAUGUCGCCAUCUCCUAGUGUGCCAGCAUCGACCAGUGUAACAGUAUCUUCAAGCAUGUCGCCAUCUCCUAGUGUGCCAGCAUUGACCAGUGCAACUGUUUCGUCAAGCAUGUCGCCAUCCCUUAGUGUGCCAGCAUUGACCAGUGCAACUGUAUCAUCAAGCAUGUCGCCAUCCUCAAUCGCAGCUCCACCCUCAAGCGCAGCUCCAUCCUCAAGCGCAGCUCCAUCCUCAAGCGCAGCUCCAUCCUCAAGCGCAGCUCCAUCCUCAAGCGCAGCUCCACCCUCAAGCGCAGCUCCAUCCUCAAGCGCAGCUCCAUCCUCAAGCGUAACUCCAUCCCCAAGUACAACUAUAUUGUCUAGCAUGUCAUCAUCCUCCAGUGUACAAUCCACUAGUGCAACUCUGUCGUCAAUUGUUUCCACAAUCUCAGACCCAGGCACAACAUCUACGAUGAGUGUUAACCCAAUCUCAACGAUGAUUUCAAGUGAAUCUGCUGCUACACAAAUGCUACAAGUAACCUCAACAGACACGGUUAUAAUAGCGACUACUACCAGUAAUAUUGUACCAACUCCCACCACAGAAUCUUCAACAACCAGUGUCAUCUCUACUGCAGUUGAGACAUCUUCUGCAACCAGCAGCUCGACACAAGCAGUAAUACAGACAACUACUCCUGGACUUACUGAAACCCCGAUAGUCUCACACACGGAGACACCCACUGGGACUACUCAAGGCACAAUACAACCGCCCACGCAAGGCACAACACCAUCGCCCACGCAAGACACAACACCAUCGCCCACGCAAGACACAACACCAUCGCCCACGCAAGACACAACACCAUCGCCCACGCAAGACACAACACCGCCAACCACUCAAGACACAACACCAUCGCCCACUCAAGGCACAACACCAUCGCCCACUCAAGGCACAACACCGCCAACCACUCAAGACACAACACCGCCAACCACUCAAGACACAACAACGCCCUCAGAUGUAGAAGAUACCCCAAGUGCUGAUGUGCCUGUGCCUGUUGCCGCUAUUGGUGGUGGCAUGGGUGUUGUCAUCCUCUUACUCCUAGCAGUAGUCCUUGUAUUCGUCAUUCGGUACGUCCUAAAGAGGAACAAGAAAAGACGCUACGCUCCCAACACUGGCCACAGGCCAUCGUCCAGGGCCUCUGACUUCUGGUUUGGUGAAGAAGAGAAUGUGGAGAUGAGCCCCAUCGACAUUGUUCCCCUUCACCAUGCCAACCACUAUAGUCAGAUUGAGUCAAGUAUAGACCUCAUCCCUAACCACCACAUCUAUCACUCUGGCACUGGAGAUGAUGGUAUCAUGAGUGGGCACUCAGGACGACCACUCAUCAAGGACCACUCACAGUAUGGCAGACCACCCCCUCACAUGGCAAAGCAAGCUGUAAAGCACUCGUUCUAUGAGUCCACUGGGACGGACAUGCCUGCCUCCUCCUACCAUACCGGGGCCAGCAGUCGAACCAGUCCCUAUGCUGAGUACGAAGAAGAUGAACUGAUUGACCUACAGUUCAGCGAGGAUCCAACCCAAGCCUACCUCUCACUCGGACUAACCCCACUCUCUCAAAUUGACAACUACCCAGCGUCCAACGAUAUGCUGGGCAAUGGCAGUGAGGGCAUUGGGUUCUUCCCUAGUAUGCCUCCACCGGUGACACCCAUGUCCUCCAUGUUCAGUCUCAACUCUAGCCAUGGCAGCAGCUCUGGCAUUCCCGUCGACAGCCCAUUCAAUAUCACCUCAGGGGGAAUGGUGAUGCCUGACGCCCUCCCCAUGGACGCGGGGGUUACCUCCAGACGAUUAGGAGUGGGCAGGAAAGGGAAACAGGAUAUCAACCCCCUGUCUCAAGGAUACGCUAUGACAUUGGAAACUGUUCCUGAGCAAAGUGGAUCACUGGACGUGGAUAACUUCAACGAGAGGUAUAUCGGCAUUAUCACUAACGGCAACGCUGGUAGCACUAGUAGCGAUUCAUUCGAGGCUAGCGACAGAGACAAUCUCAUUUUCCCAUCAGCUGAUAAUCUCAGUCUAACUCGUCAGGGAGGCAGAAGAGGGAAGUCUGGAGUACGCCGCAGUUCAGAUCAUCUCAAUGGAAGCAUUGAUAACUUAAAUAGAGAGUUGGUGUUCCAGAACAGAGACAUUGAUGAGGACGUAGACAUGCCGGUGAGGAUAGACAGACACGGCUCUGUUUCUCCCUCCUCUGAUGAUAAGUUCAUUCGACAGCACGCAAGAGAGCAAGCCAAAGGGAGGGAGCUAAGCAAACAGAGGGAGCUGCAGAGACAGAGACUCAUAGACGACGAACGCAGGAGGAGAUCCCUCCAAGAUCCCCGAGUACAAGUGCUGUCAUCAUCCGACUAUGGUGCUACUCGAACAAGAGAAGCUGGUUCUGACUUGUUUCAUCGAACGCCUUCAGGCCGCGGAGGGCAAUAUCAGCCUAGGGGGACUACGUACGAUCAGCAGCAGAGACGGCCGCCAGAGCAACAGCUGAUGGGCGGAGGAAUUAUCAAACGCUCAGAACAAUUGACAACUCUCUAAUUAACUGAACACUAAUUUCAUUCAUGUUCCCCGUAUAAUUAUAGUUCAAAGAUUUUUAAUUAAUUAUUGCAGCAACAAUUUUUUUAAUCACAUAAUUAUUUAAUACACGAUUACA